GACGAGAGAACCUUGGACCAGAUGGCGUACAAACAAAGCAAGUAUCUAAAGACAUUGAAUACCCUGCUUAUCUCGUUCUCUUCAGCAGUUUUUCCAAAUAUUUCCUACUACAGUGACACUUCUGGUAUUGGAUCUCAACUGUUGAUGCAGAGCUCUUUUGAGUGGAGAAAGUGUUGGGCGCAGCAAACAUCAGCCCCCACCGCGGGGUUCUACGCUCUGGAGUGCUUUCUCGAGUCAUUCAUUCAUUGUCAACGUCAAUCAGUCAAGCCUGGCAAUGACUGAGGCCAUGUUUCAGUAAAACAGAAAUGGAGAAGAGAGCUCAGGUCAGUAUAUCCCAAGACGCGUGCCCUAUCUUUCUUAUCUGCCUCAGUACCAGUGCCAUCAUUAUCGGCGAUCCUCGAUGCGAAUUACAUCAUCGCUCGUUAUAGCUUCAUCUGUCAACUAACCCUAUAUCCAUAUCACAGGCCACUGAGUCUCUCAUCCAAACAUCGAGUGGCCAGGCGGCCCUCGAUUAUGCUGUUCAGGCUGCAGAGCUGUACAUGCGAGCUGCUGGAGAGGCUUCGACCAAAAAGGAUGCCACUCGUUUGCGAUUGAAAUGUCAACAACUCAUUGCUCAGGCUGAGAAGCUCAAGGCUGAGCUCACUCAAACGCCCAGCGUCUUGUUACGAACCUCAAAACUUCACUCUAAUCUCUUUCCCCCAUGGACAAAAGAACCCUCGGAUAAAGAAUUCCAGCUUCUCCCUGGCGAUGAGCCUUUCACGUAAACGGAAACCCUGCCUGAUCCAGUCUGUUGUAGCUUUCGGCUGAGUUUGAUAUAGCGACAAUGCAACCUUCACACUGUCACCGAGGCAGACCGCUACAUUUGGUGGAUGGAAGCGUCCAACGGACCUACACGACCAUGUCGAAGCAGACGACGACAUUUUCAUGAACUCAAGUAGCGGUUGUGACCUGGUUCAAGAUGUGACCACGGAUUGUUCUGUGGUCGCCAGUUUAUGUGCCGCUAUGAAGAUCUUGACUGGUCGAAAGUCGAUUCUCUCGUCCAUCUUGUAUCCAUUUGACAGAGCAAAAGGAAUACCUAAAGUAUCUGCUUCUGGCAAAUAUGUCUUGAAACUAUACUUCAAUGGGUGCUUCCGUCGGGUUGUGAUCGAUGAGCGGCUUCCAUCUUCCAUCAGUGACCGAACUCUCUACGUUGUUGACCGAGUCAACUCUCAACUGAUUUGGCCUGCACUCCUAGAAAAGGCAUAUCUGAAAGUUAGAGGAGGCUAUGACUUUCCGGGGAGUAACUCAGGCACAGACUUGUGGGUUCUUACUGGAUGGAUCCCGGAACAGAUCUUUCUUCAAAGAGAAGAUCUAGAAGUUGAUAAGCUCUGGAGACGAAUCAAGAAUGCACACGACUCUGAGAACGUGGUGGUCACCUUGGGUACUGGUCGAAUCUCUGCCGAAGAAGAGGAUAUCCUGGGUCUUAUUGGAGAGCACGACUAUGCCAUCAUGGAUCUUGAAAUGAUCGGCGACAGCCGGAGGCUUUUGGUCAAGAACCCUUGGUGUGACGGACCGGUUUGGAAAGGAGGCAUUCCUCAGCCCUUUGAUGCCGAAUCGCCAACCCCAUAUGCCGCCAGGCCUCAACACAAAUCUCCCCCUUCAGUCGCUGGCUCUUUCUGGAUGACCCUGGAAGAUGUCCUUCAACACUUCGAGUCCAUGUACCUAAACUGGAACCCUGCUCUAUUUCCCCAUCGUCAGGAUCAUCACUUUACCUGGCACAUGCCUCCCCCGGAGUUGUCUUCGUCGUUGGUGCGCAACCCACAGUACUCACUCCAGUCGCAAGCUGGCGGGCCAGUGUGGAUUCUCGUGAGUAGACAUUUUGUGGACGAAGAGUUGGAAAUUGCUCGGAACAAGACCGACUCAAUGGCAGCUGUCUCUGGACAACUUGGUUACAUGAGCAUUCUCGUCUUCGAAAACGACGGCCACAGAGUGCAAGUAAGCGAUGGUGAUGUCUAUCGUGGACCUUAUGUCGACUCUCCGCAGACUCUCGCUCGUUUCGACACGAGCCCAGGGAGACGAUAUACCAUCGUUGUCGACCAGCACGAGUUCCCGCUACCAGACUACACCCUCACUCUCUCUUUCCUCUCCCAACAUCAGCUUGCAGUCAAAGAAGCUGAAGACGCAAUGGCUUGCACAAGGGAGAUCGCUGGCUCGUGGACCAGGAGGACUGCAGGAGGCAGUGCAGCUUGCACGACCUACGCUACAAACCCCCAGUACAAGCUAUCACUUGCUCAAGCAGGGCCUUUAUCUGUCUUAUUGUCAACAGAUAUGCAGGAUAUCCAUGUGCAUAUCGAUUUAGUCUGGUCCCAGGGCAAGCGGGUGCAGACACUCAAGGCUCGGGAUCUUGCGGGCUCAUCUGGGGAAUAUCGUCGAGGCUGUGCUGUGGUCAACAUUCCACAAAUUGAUGCUGGAGUGUAUACUGUGGUGUGUUCAACUUUCGAUCAAGGCCAAUUGGCAGACUUUGCCCUCCGCAUUUCAUCCAUGGCGAACGUGGAAGUACAACCCGUACCCGCCGAUGCUGCUGGGAGACUCCGCAAGACACUGAGCCCUUUCCAGCUCUCAGACGGUGAAGAAGUCAGGCGUGCACAAUUAUCGGCGUCUUGGUUGACUCGAAUGAGUGUCACGGCGCGCAGCGUCAUGAGCCCGGGCUUCGAUCCUAGUAACCGGCCCUCAUCCACUCUGAUGGUACGACUUUCCGUGGCUCAUGGAUGGGAUCCUGAGCGAAUCACGAUCGCAACUUCAGGCGACGGCGAAUACGAAGAACUCAAAACAAUCGUGCGAACCCCUGAGCUUGACAUGGAGCCAGCCAGGAUACAGCGGGAGGGCAUGUGGUUAGUGAUUGAGAGUAUGGGCGCACCUCAGGUAGGAGAGUGUAUUGAGAUAGAGAUUCACAGUGAUGGACCUGUUAAUGUAGGGCCGUGGGCGCUCGUCUAGCCAAAGUCACUGUGCCAGUCAGUGAAUUUGAGCACGCGUAUAUAGGGUCCAUAUAUCGCAUGACAAAUACAUCCAAAUGCGAAGCACGAGAAGAUGGAUACAUGUAUCGACUGAGAGAAAUGAUAAAUAUAUGUUCAACACAGUAUCAUGCUGAAUAUGAAGGUAGAAUCGAACAAGGUGUACGCUCGCUAGCCAACGCCACACUGGCGCAAGUGGUAUACUCCUAGAAAAUAAAAUAUUGAACGAAAUCUGACCCAACCGGGUAUUUGAGAUCCUGAACGCCUUGUCUGUACCUCCAAAUCCUCACUCCGCUUAAUCAAUGACCUUUGGCAACAUGCGAGAAGCCUUCAGUCGCCCGACCCGUCAAAUCGCCAGGUACUCAUACAUAUAACGCCAAAGCAAAGAGCGCUUCCCAUCACAUUUCGGUUGGCGUAAAUCGUUAAUCGUGCUCGUUCAGCGUCCCCUCUCAGCAGCCAGGUUCGUAUGCCAGCCUACAACAGUCGUUUACGCCGGUGGGCCGCGUCUUCUUCGACCACGGUUAGGUCCAUCUGGUCGCUGAGCAAGUACAUCUCUCAGUUGCGGGUCGUCCUUGUCUUUGUCUAUAUGAUGAACACGGACGUGUCUAGGAGCAGUCAGCAUCAUUACUCCAGUUCGGGGGGGCAUAUCUAGCUGCAGCACCGAUAUGGCCUAGCUAAUUGACAUACCGCUGAAGAUUAUCUGGGCGUGGAUAUUUGUGUUCCCUAUCAGGGCAAAAGGGGCAGACGUAGCCCGGGGAGUCAUGAACCAGGCCAUGUCUUAUCAUUUCAUUCUUUCUUUUGAAGCCCUUGCCCCCUUCACUUCUUGGACACCCUUUGACUGGACAAUAGUGUGGCCGUAUAGAUGAGUGUACAUUCAUGUGAGAGUUGAGGAGAUACUGAGUCUGGAAAGGCGCCGCAUUGCAUCCAGCAACAGUGCACGUAUACGAGCCGGAAAGAGGCUGCGGAUGUGUGAUCCCAUCAAUACUCAUCCGAUCAGUAAUUGAGGUUGAGUUGAUUGAGGUUGAUGUGGCAGGGGUGGAAGCAGAGUGAUCGGUAUUCGGAGUCUCGCCAGCAUUGCUACUACUGUAUUCGGUCGGAGCGCGAGGGUGGUUACCAUUUGUCGGAUAAUAAUGCAUACUAGCACUUGGCGCAGAAUGAGGGGAGAGUGUUCGGUAUCCAUCUGGUGGUGAACGGGGCGACGACGGGAGAUUAGUAUUCAAACUAAACCUGUGCCCUAAGUUUGCAGCUGGAGAAGUAGGGAAAGUGGAGGAUAGACCUGGAGGGACACGGCCAAGAUCCUGCUCGGAUGGACGCUCUGGGUGUAAGUCUCGGAGCUCACCAAAAGUCGAACGAAGAGACGGGAGAGAUUGUGACGGAAGAGUCUCCUUGGACUCGCCUGCUGGUGCGCGAACUGCAUGAUGAAGCGGCGGCAAGGGUCCAUUAGAGGAAGAGAUCAGUGGCGACGUGACUCUAUUACCGGAAAUAUAUCGCGGUGCAGACAAACCGUUGAUCGGGGGCUCGUCGUGGAUAGAAAGCUGCCCAGUCGGUAUAGAUAUAUCGGGGAUCGUUUUUGGGACCGAGGCGGCGAGAGACGGCGGUGCUGUCGCAAUAGAAGCAGCCUGUAGAGCGUCAGCGGCCAGGUGCUGGAGCAGAGGCCCGCUCAUGAGAUUGCCGUCGACGGCCCGUUCUCGCCGUGGCUCUUCAUCCGGUGAGUCUUCGUCGCCUGGAAGACUUUCGCGGGCAGCUUCUCGUGCUAUAUCGGGAUCGCGUCCAUUGUCGAGAUAUGCGACUAGGACAGCAUCCCCAGAAGAAUAUCUGGGGGAGGACUUGGAGACGGCUCGAGCUUUGGACGAAGCGGGGUCAUGAGAGGGCUUCCUCGAGGAACCACGUCAUCCGGGUCGUAUGUAUCGACGACGAAGCCGAGAUGGGGUUGUGGCGGUUGGUGCUGGUGGUGCGUAGCUGUGGUCAUCUUUGUCGCGUUGACGGUGGUUGCUCAACUCGCCAUGGCCCCUCGUGGGGGGGUUUAAAGCGUUCGGGAGCUCUUGAUCAGUCGGCGGGAUCUUGCACCUGGUGAAUGGCCGUGGUGCGACUUGAACGGUAACUGCACAACCAAAGAAAGCUUGGUGAGUCGGAGGAUGCGAAAAGAAGAAGUGGUCGAAUAAUGAUAUCGUGGAGUUGGAAGCAGAUGUGCGCGCACAGCUCUGGGCAGACGACUUGCGAGCGAAUAUUCGUAUACUAACGUUGGUCGCUCAGCAUGAGCAACAAAUGCCACCAAUGCGGCGUCAAAAGGAGAACAGUAAAGUUGGCGUCGGUAAGUCGUCCAGGCACGUUGAGGUCGGAUGUGAGUCGCGAGUAUGGCUGUAAGCGCAGGUUAGGUGGGAUUUGCGGCGUAAAUGCGGUGAACUUGAAGUGCCAGGCUGAAUGCGAAAAGAGCGUGGCUAAAUACGGUGGUGAAUCUAGCCGUGGUAAUGCGCGUUAUUUGGGGGAUGUAGUGCAGCCUUUGUCGAUAUGAUAGUCGCCCAAAUGAGCGCUUGCGCGAUAACACACACAGAAAGAGAAGCGGAGUUGAAUCGCUAGAUAUUCCGUUGCCGUUUGACCCAGGGGAUGUGACCAGUAGUAAGACCGAGUGAGAUGAUACUGGAAAGGGACUCUUUGAUUGGCAAGAUUAACCUCGAGGUCAGACCUGAGGCGUCGAUAUGUAAGGUAAGGUAAGGUAAGGUAAGGUAGGUAGGUAUGUGUGUAUGUACAGCACAGCAGCCAGAUGAGGCGAGGUACUGUGCCGUGCCGUAUGUAUAAGAUUAAGGUAACAGCUGAGAGGUGAAUAGCGGGAACCAGAUACGUAUGAGCAAACUCGAUAUACCGAGUUAUUUCAGAAGGAAGAGUGCGGAGCAAAGUAAAAAAUCCGGGGGGUUGAAUGUAUU